UGUGAAGGACUGUUGUGAACAGAAAGGGAAAAACGCUGAACUCCAAUCGACAAAGCUCAAGCUCCCAAUGGCUCGGUGGGAAGGCGUAAAUGAAACUCGUGUUCUGAUUGCACCAGAUCCUUCCACAAGCAGGAAGCAAGUGGGCCAGUUUUUAUCACUUCAGCAUCCCAAAACUGGAAAUAUGGCAUGCUACCUCUUAAUUGAUGGAGUUCUUCAAGAACUUCACUGGUUCAAGCAAUCUUAUGGGUCUUGGUUCCUUGGGGACUAUGUUUGUGAAGAUGGUCGCCUGUACACUGCUACUUCAGUUGAUCCUGUCUUCAUUCUGUUGCCAAUUUUUGAGGAAGCACGAAUGAAGAAAGGGGAUGAUCCGGGAAUGUUUAGGCAAUUGGAUGAGAUAGUUUAUAUUGAUGGCUAUCCUGGAUAUCAUUCUCUGUUGUCCAUUGCGGAGAAAUCUAUGCAAAUAGUCUGUGAUCUCAAAGAAAUUGGGUCGACCAAGUUUUUUAGGCUCAAUGAUUUGAAGGUAUUGAGAUGGUUGACCUACAAGGUCCAUCAACUGAAGAAGACUAUACCAACAUUGGAUAAGAACUAUGCCGCUCGAGAUGAGAAAGACACAUUAUUUGAUGCAGUGUCAAUGGUGGGAGAGUACUUGAAGGAAGAGCCUUGGUUGAACCUCCUGUGCAGCAAGUUCAAAUUAAACUUACAAGAGGCAGUAAACGCACAAGAUACUGAAGUAGUUUUACAUUCCAAUGGAAGUGGUCCUUCAUCAUUUAAUCCUGUACAGGAGAGUAAUAAGGUAGACAAGAAAACUGUGCGCACCACAAGGCAAACUAAGAAGGCCAAAGUGGAGGAGAAUUCAAAAAAUAUCAAAGACAUGUUCUCCAGGGCUGCAAGAAAGGGAAGAUGAAGUUAUGUCCAUAGAUGUGGUACUGUAUUGGAGACUGAAGAUGUAAUUUUAAGAGGGUAAAGUAGUCCUUUUACCCACCUAACUGAACAGAAUGGUCAAAUGAAUGAAGUCUGUGACCAUGGCUGUAUGUGAUUUUGGCAGAACACUACAACUUGAAAACCCCUUUAAACCGGCAUUGAAGUUCAUCAUUGUAUCACUGUUGUUUAAACUAGAUUUUUGUGGAUUUAUGAGUAGUGCCAUUUUUGUGUCAA